UGGCCAAACCCAGCCCGGCCCGGCUCACCCCCCGCCGUGACUCUGGCGCUCCCCGGGACACCGGAGUGCCUUCCCGUGUUUUGGAGCGAUCCCGAGCCGUGCCAGCACCAGGAAAAUCAAGCCAUGGAUCCGGGCGCUUCCAGCACCUCCCUGGCGGAUCCCAGCGGGGAUCCCGAGCGGAACGUCUCCAGGAUCUGCGGCGUCUGCGGGGACAGAGCCACCGGCUUCCACUUCAACGCCAUGACCUGCGAGGGCUGCAAGGGCUUCUUCAGGAGGAGCAUGAAGAAGAAGGCCAUGUUCACCUGUCCCUUCAACGGCAGCUGCCACAUCACCAAGGACAACCGGCGGCACUGCCAGGCCUGCCGGCUCAAGCGCUGCGUGGACAUCGGCAUGAUGAAGGAGUUCAUCCUGACGGACGAGGAGGUGCAGAGGAAGAGGGAGAUGAUCCUCAAGAGGAAGGAGGAGGAAGCGCUGAAGGAAAGCCUCAAACCCAAACUCUCAGAGGAGCAGCAGAAAGUCAUCGACGUCCUGCUCGAGGCCCACCGCAAAACCUACGACCCCACCUACGCCGACUUCACCAAAUUUCGGCCCCCCGUGAGGAGCAACCCCAGCAGCAGAGGGGCCACGAAAUCCUCGUCCCUCCUCACCCAGGACCUGUCCUCGGAGGAUUCCUCGGAUCUCUUCGGCUUCAGCACAUUCCCAGGUGUGCCCCAGUUCCUCCCGGCCCCAAACUGGGAUUGGGAGCCAGGGAGGGACCCCGGGACUCGCUCUGGGCUGGAGGUGAUGCUGCAAACCUCCCCAGGUUCCAGGGGUGGGGAAGGGCUCUGCCAGAGCCCAAACCAGCCCCACCACGAGGGUCUGCCCUGCUCCUCCUCCUCCCCACCCCACAUUCCCAGAAUGGGAUCCCAAACGGCCCCAAAAUCACCCCUGUGGAGGUCGUGGGGGCAGAGAUGGAGCAGCUCCACCCGAAUUUGGCAUUCCCGAGGUUUUCCUCACCUCCUGCGGGGGCUCACAGCGGCGCAGAGCCCCCCAGGGCCCCUCAGAGCCCCUCAGAGCCUUUCCCUCCGCGCAGAUUCCGCGGAGCCGGCGCCGUUCCCCAGCCUGGCGCUGCCGGAGGAGCAGGACGAGAGCUCCUCCAUGAACCUGGAAUUCUCGCAGCUCUCCAUGCUCCCGCACCUGGCUGACCUGGUCAGCUACAGCAUCCAGAAGGUGAUCGGCUUUGCCAAGAUGAUCCCGGGAUUCAGGGAUCUGUCUGCAGAGGACCAGAUCGUGCUGCUCAAGUGCAGCGCCAUCGAGGUGAUCAUGCUGCGCUCCAACCAGUCCUUCACCCUCGAGGACAUGUCCUGGACCUGCGGCAGCAACGACUUCAAGUACAGGGUCAGCGAUGUCACCCAGGCCGGGCACAGCAUGGACCUGCUGGAGCCCCUGGUGAAAUUCCAGGUGGGGCUGAAGAAGCUGAACCUGCACGAGGAGGAGCACGUGCUGCUCAUGGCCAUCUGCAUCCUGUCCCCAGACCGGCCGGGCGUGCGGGAGCCGCGGCGGGUGGAGGCGCUGCAGGAGCGGCUCUCGGAGGUGCUGCAGAGCUACAUCCGCGCCCGGCACCCGCCGCCCGGCAGCCGCCUGCUCUACGCCAAGAUGAUCCAGAAGCUGGCGGACCUGCGCAGCCUGAACGAGGAGCACUCGCGGCAGUACCGCUGCCUGUCCUUCCAGCCCGAGCACAGCAUGCAGCUCACGCCGCUGGUGCUCGAGGUGUUCGGCAAUGAGAUCUCCUGAGCGCCCGGGGAGCCGGCCCGGCGGGGCUGGGCAG